AUGACGACCGGUUGGACCACUCCUGAAGACCUGUGCAGAGCUGGUACUAUCCCCGCCACAGGAGACUUCCCUCCACCCGGAUCCCGGCGUAUGGUCCUACUUAUACCGUUCUCCAAUAACCACUUCCCGAUGUCGGAGGAUAAAAAUAAACUUCCAAUGUUAUCUUUAAAUCUGAUUGAUCUGAUUCGGUGGAACGAUCCUGUCUAG